GGGUUGAUAAUAUCUCUCUCUCUCUCUCUCUCUUCUCUCUCUCUCUUCUUUGUUUCUCCCACCAUCUCCAAAGCUUCAACCUUUCCCCUUCUCCCUCCCCAAUUUCUCACGAUUCCUCCCGUCGAUCGAUCAAAUCCAUCUUCUUCAACAAUCUCCAAUUUAUCCAUGUCCCAUUCUCCAUCGAUUCCUCCCAAAAAAUCGGUGAAACCCUAGCUCUCGGAGUCCAAUUCAAAGGAUUUCACCUUAUUUGGCGUGUUCGAUUUGGUAACCAUCGCCAAAUCCAUCGACUCCACUUCCGAAUCCGAACAGGCGCUCUAAUGGCACGGGAAAGUUGUAAUUUCGACAAAGAUGAGGCCGAGAUUCUCAAACCCUCUUCUUCUUCCCCUCCCCCAUCAACAUCACCACCACCACCACCACCAUCACCACCUUUAUUGUCUCUAAGGCAGAAGCGCAAGGCGCCGGAGAUCGAUUUGAAUGAGGAUUUUGCGUCCUCCGAUUGCGCACAUCGGCCAGACGAUGAGGGGGAAUCUCGGCUGUCGGUUGGGUUUAGUAACCGGUGCUCCGCUUGCCGGAAGAAGGUGGGGCUCACCAGUUUCCGGUGCCGGUGCGGAGGCCUCUUCUGCGGCCGCCACCGCCACUCCGAAGCCCACAGGUGCUCUUUUGACUACAAGGCCGCGGGGAGGGAGGAGAUCGCCAGGGCCAACCCUUUGAUCAGAGCUGCUAAGAUCAUUAAGAUUUGAGGUCGCACAAUUAUUAUGGAAGAGAUUUCUGCGAGAGAUUCUGCUUCUUCCGAUCGGUUUAACUAAGACGAUUUCCAAGAUCGGAGUCUUGUGGACGGUCUAUUUUCGGGCUUUACCCUAGAGAGAACAUUCGCGAGGGCUAAUUCGGAAUUUCAGAGUCUCAGAAAUAAGAGCUUGGAUUGGCUGCAGAAUCUCAGUAAAUUUCACUGCCGCCUCGAAGGAUUCCGAUUGUGGGUUUCGCUGCAUCUGCUACUUCUGAUGAAUUGAGACAAUGAAAUUACUUUUAACUUUCAUUAAUUGAUAGACAAAAUUUGCUAUUUAUUGUCUGGUGAAUCAGCAGUUUAUGGUCAUGUUUGUAUUCCUGUUUAAAUUUGUUUUGCAAUAUGUAUGUUCUCUGGGAUGUGAACUACUA